CGGAAGGGGCUCCGGAUGCCGGGCGGCGCGGGACGGCGGGCGCUGCGAGCCAUGCUGGCGGUCCCGGGCGCGCGGCGGCGGCCGCUUCCUGCCUGCGCGGACGCCGAGCGGCGCGUCUGCCUGGCCGGCGGUGCGGGGCAGGAGGCACGGGCGAGGGCGGCGGCGGCGGCGGCGCUGCGCGAGGGCGGGCUGGUGGCGGUGCCCACUGACACGGUCUACGGCGUGGCCUGCCUGGCGCAGAGCUCUGUGGCCGUCGAAGCCCUGUACCGGCUGAAGGGGCGCCCCGCCGGCAAGCCGCUGGCCGUCUGCCUGGCCGACGUCGAGCAGGUGCACAGGUACUGCCGGGCCCCCGUGCCCGAGGGGCUGCUGUGGGAUCUCCUGCCCGGUCCCGUGACGCUGGUCCUGCCGCGCUCGGACGCCCUCAACGCCGAUCUGAACCCCUUCACGCCGCUGGUGGGCGUCCGUGUCCCCAACCACCGGUUCGUCAGGGAUCUGGCCAGGGCAUGUGGCGCUCCUCUGGCUUUAACCAGCGCCAACGUCAGCGACAGGGCGAGCAGCCUCACCGUGACGGAAUUCCAAGAGCUUUGGCCUCAUCUUUCACUGAUCAUUGAUGGGGGUCCAACUGGGGAUGCCCUUAGUCCUGAGUGUCGUUUAGGCUCGACUGUGGUUGACCUCUCCAUCCCUGGAAAAUUCAGGGUUAUUCGACCAGGCUGUGCACUUACUCAAACCAUUGAAGUCCUGGUAUCCAAGUAUGGGUUGGCAGCUGAGGUGUCUGGGAACUGAAAUAUAGGAAUCUGGGGACACCUAAGUGUUGUCAAGCUUUUCCCAGCCAAGAAGGCAAAGGGUUUAUGUCUGACUGUUAUGGGUGCAAAGGGACUCUCCCUCAAGUGACAUCCUUGACUCCCUUACAACUUGAGAAAUAGUCCAAUUUGUGAUUUUGAGGACUGUGGCCACAUGGGUGAGUUUCCUUUAAGGUCCAAAAUUGAUUGCCUGAAGCAUUCCUGCCAUCUGGUUUCUCCCACAGACUAAGUCAGUUCUCCCACUCUGUCUAAAGAAGCUGGCUUAUGUGAGCUGAAGACAGAUCCUGCAAGGGAUCAUUUGAACAUCUAGAUAAGAUGAAUAAUUCAAUUGAGAACAUUGAAUUAUUGAGAACAUUGAAUUGAGAACAUUGAGUAAUGUCAAGGUGUUGAAUGCAGAGCAUUGAAUAAAGGUGUAAACAAAUGGGUGGGGCUGUUUCUACUGACCCUUUUCAUAGCCUAAUAAUUGAACCAAUAUCAUUAAAUGAAAACUGUUAUGCAA